AUGUCGACCACGCAGCCAAACGCGACCUUGUACGUCCAUAACCUGAAUGACAAGGUCAACAAGCAAGAGCUACGCACACAGCUGUAUGCGCUCUUCACGACGUAUGGGCGGGUCAUCGACAUCGUCGCCAUGAAGGGCGCGAAAAUGCGGGGGCAAGCCUUCCUCGUGUUCGACGACCUGGCGGGCGCGACCACGGCCAUGCGUGCCUGCGAAGGUACUGUGUUUUAUGACAAACCGAUGCGGAUCGAGUAUGCGAAGAACAAGUCGUAUGCGACCCUACAGCGCGAAGAUCCCAACUUCAUUCCGCCGGAGGCAGUGCAAGCGAAGAUCCUCCCAGUGACUAACGGCCGACAGGCGAACGGUACGGCGGGCGAAAAGCGGUCACGCGAGGAGGAGAUGGGCGAGGAUGGGCGAGGAACGAAGAGGGAGAAAAAUGACUAUGAGGACGAUGAGGAGAUGGAGAUUGAAGAUGAUGAGGAGGGCGCGAAGCAGGCCUCCGCGGACGUCGACGGUGUCAUGCCCACGGUCGUACAAUACCAGUCCGCUCGGUUGCUGUGUACAAAUCUACCGCAAGAGGUCACGGAUGAUGUGCUUUCUGUCCUAUUUCAACAAUAUCAAGGCUUCCAAUCAACGCACGUCGCACAGUCGCCAACACCAAAUGCGGCAGGUCAGAAAGUCAAAAUGGCACAGGUGUUGUUCGACUCGUCGGAGCUUGCGUCGGUCGCAAAAGAGGCUUUGGAUGGCUUCGCGCUGAAGAAGGGAUGGGUGAUGUCUGUUGCGUAUAUUUGA